AUGGCAGGCCGUAGUGACGACGGGCAACCUCCGUGCAAAAAACGAAUGGAUUUUAUGGAUAAUUCGACUCGACUGUUGUACAUAUCCAUGGAGAUGGAGUUGAAGGCACGAGACGAUCUCCAAAAGUUGGACAUGGAUAUGUAUCACGCCAACGUUUUGCACAUGGGCUUGUUAGGUCGCCUAAAACAACUCGGCGAUAAAUUGAAAAAAAAACAGAACGCCGCCGAAAAAUUACGAAUCAUGAUCAAGAACACAACCAAUGAAAUCGAGAAGAGCAAAAACGAACAGGACGAGAUGCUCACGGUCCGGCGAAAAUUGGAAAAACGGAAGACUUAUUACGAUUUCUGUCAACGUUUGCUCAACAACGACCCGGAAGACAGCUCGCUGUGGUAUUUCACGGGGGCCGAGUGCUCGGUUUGUCUGGACAAAUACCAAGAUAUGGCCAAAUUGAAUCAUUGUCAGCAUUUGUUGUGCGUCGAUUGUCUAACGUCCUGGUUCGAAACGUCGCACUCGUGUCCACUGUGUCGAAGCGAAAUAAUUGGGUACGACGUUUUCGACCGUACGCUCAUGCGCACAGAGUACGUGACGGCAACUCAACAUCACGAGGGCAUUUCAAAAGUUGUGGACGACACCAGUCGCGUUCCCGGUGGACCGGAGAAUGAGCCACGUCCUCCGGCUGUCGUGCGUGCACCUAUGAUACGGCUGCGAAACGACAUAUUUUAUACUCCUCCACAGAGUGGAAGUUAG